UAUCUUUAUUUUAUCCUCAUGUGCACAUUAUUCCUUUAUGAAACUACACGUUUUUUGCAUGUUUUUUCUUUUUUUUUAGUCUGUGAAAUUCCAUCUUUAUUUGCGAAAUGAUGAAGUUUUUGAAACGGAUGCUGUUUGUCUUCUUUCACUUCGAUUGGGUCUUAAAUAAUUAAAUAAUUCAAUUAAAGAAGGGCAAAUUAAAAACAAAAUGAAAGUGCCAACUUUUAGCUACUUCUUUAUGGUAUUUUAGUCAUGAUCUUCUCAAAAGAUCACUCUCUGGAGUUCCGCCAGUAGAGGGCGCUCGUGCAACCGAAGCAAUGACACACAUCCGAGUCUAGGAGAAGAAGAGAAGUGAGCGAGGGAAGGGAACAUAAACAUGAGAAGUGGAACACAGCCGUUCAUUCUGCGCUAAAACUGUUCUUUUUCAGACUGUGAGUAACGUUACAUUCAUUUUAUCAUUUAUUAGGAGAAAUCUAAAUCCAAACGAAUAAACGAGUCAGUUCAUUUACAUUUACAUUACGCUCGUGAAACGUAAACACGUUACUGACUGUUUUUUCACAUUACAAUUUGUGAAGAUUAUGAUUUUUGUUUUCAUUUUAUGUAAUGAAACCCGGUAAACAGUUUUUAUAUCUAAAGUAACACCAUCAACAUAAAAAUCAGCUAGAGGAGUUAAAUUAUUUCUAAACAGUUGUUUGAUCAAAACAUUUGCACCUGGAAAAUUGAGAGUGAUUGUAAGUGCAAGCAAGCAGGAGGAAUUACUGCAGGAGAAACUACUGACAUACUAUUGUAAAGAUGGAGUUUGAGGAAGAACCCUGCAGAAUAAAAGAUGAAGAUACAGAGGAACAAAUAGACAUGAUGGAAGUGAAUGAAGACAAACGGCAGACAAAUGAAGAUGGAAAUGCAGUCGAUUCAAAUACUGAAGAGAAUUUCACACAAAAACAAGCUGGAAAAUCUGGAGUCGAAGGAUUUUUCACCUGCUCUGAGUGUGGAAAGGGUUUCAUUCAGAAGGGAAACCUUAACAGACACGUGAAAAUUCACACUGGAGAAAAACCAUUCACAUGCACUCAGUGUGGAAAGGGUUUCAGACAUAAAGGACACCUAAAUGACCACAUGAGAAUUCACUCUGGAGAAAAACCGUUCACCUGCUCUGAGUGUGGAAAGAGUUUCUGUCGCAAAGAGGAUGUAAAUGUGCACAUGAGAAUUCACACUGGACAAAAUCUGUUCACAUGCACUCAGUGUGGAAAGAGUUUCAUUCAGAAAGGAGGCCUAAAUGUGCACAUGAGAUCUCACACUGGAGAGAAGAAUUAUACAUGCACUCAGUGUGGAAAGAGUUUCGGUUACAAAAGCGUUCUCAACACUCAUCUGCUCUCUCACACUGGAGUGAAGUCGUUCAGCUGUGAUCAGUGUGAUAAAACAUUUGUUUUGGCAUCAGGCUUAAAAACACACCUAAAAGUUCACACUGCUGUGAAGCCUCACGUUUGUUCUUUUUGUGGAAAGUGUUUUACACGAGUGCAGUAUUUAAAAGAGCAUGAGAGUAUUCAUACUGGUGUGAGACCUCAUGUUUGCUCUGACUGUGGGAAGACCUUCAUUAUAUUAGGCAACUUAAAAUCACACCAGAGAGUUCAUACUGGAGAGAAACCGUACAAGUGCUCACACUGUGGAAAGAGUUUUGCUCGGUCAGAUUCCUUGAAAAGGCAUGAGAGAAUUCAUACUGGAGAGAAGUGGGAAGAGUUUCACGCAAUUAUCUCAUCUAUAGACUCAUAAGAACAAAAAAAUGCCCAAAGCUGUCUAAUUAGCAAGUGUUCAUGUUCAGAUACAUCACUUACAAGUAGAAUUUUUUUCCCCCAAAAUCAUGCAGCCCUACUUACAAGUAAAUGAUUUGACAUUCAUAUCAUUUUAAUAUUGAUUUAAAGGGGUCCUAUUAUGCUUUUCCACUGUUUUAACUUAAGUUGGUGCGUUUUUUAAAAGAACCAGAAUCGUGCAAGUUUCGGUUCCAAAAACAGUUCUGGUGUUAUGGGUGGGCAAAAUGUGGGGAGCGUAUCCUUUAAUAGAGACGUCUCACCUCAUGAACAUUAAAGGACUGAAAAGCCCUCGCGCUACUCAUAUAUGUCAGAUAUCGAGAGUGAUGCAGAAAGCUGCACAAUUGAUCUUUAAAAGAUUGCGUUCUCGAUUUCAUCACCCACAUGAUCUAAUUUCUAAAUGACAAUGAUUCGCCUGUAUAUUAAACCUCUGACAAAAAUAAAAUCGCGACAUUCAAACCUGCGUUCGCGCUUUCACUGAUCUAGAGAGCAGUUGUCAUGUUUGGAUAUAAAUAGCUUCACAAACAAUCUUUUCAAACUUACAGUAUCAUUAUUUCUGUUACAAAUGUUCAAAUUAUCACAGAAGUAUAAAAAAAGUUUAUUAUUCAGAUAGAAAUGCUGAUGUUACUGAUCAAAAUUGAAUAAAUCACCUUCUGAAAGUAACUGGACUUCAAAUAACGACUGUAUUGAUUGCAUUGUUACGCCACUAGAUGGCAACAAAUUACUAUUAAAAAUGUAUCUAUCACUGAAUCAUUCUUUCAGAAACAAGUGAAGUCUUUAUGAAUCCAACUUACAAAAAUAUUCUGUUUCGCCUGUCUGGAUCUUACAUGUGUGUUCAAGCAUCUUAUUUGUGUUUAAUUUCUGGUAACACUUUACAAUAUGGUUCAUUUGUUAUGAACUAACCAUGAGUAAUACAUUUGUUACUGUAUUUGUUAACGUUAGUUAAUAAAAAUAUAGCUGUUCAUAGUUUGUUCAUGUUACUUCACAGUGCCUUAACUAAUGUUAACAAACUCUUGAUCAGCAUUUUAAUAAUGUAUUAGUAAACUGAAAUUAACAUUAACAAAGAUUAAUAAAUGCUGUAGAAAUGCAGUUCAUGUUAAUGUAGGCCUAGUUAACUGAUGUUAACUAAUGAACCUUGUUGUAAAGUGUGUAAAGUGAAUUUGUUGAGAUCAGCAGUCUGUUAAAUUCAUUUUAAAAGAAUAAUAAACACAAAAGGACUGUUUGAUUUGAGUGUUUUGCAUUUUUUCCCCCUUACUACUAUUUUUUUAUUGGUUGUUUAAUUAUUUUAAUGGAACCGGAAGUGGAACUGGAAUCAUUAGGCGGAACCAGAAUCGGAACCGGAAAAUUUCUUAUGAUUCCCAACCCCAUGUUUGAGCAUAAAAAAGAUCUGCAAGGUUACAAAGCUCAAAGUCCACUCCAAAGGGUGAAAUUUUAUUUAACAGAAUCCACUUUUCAAGAACUACAACGAACGGUUUGUUUGGACUACAGCGUGAUUUUUCUGGGUUUUAUAAAGUCAUAAUAAUGUUCCUCGUUUAAAUAAUCCACACCCACGGAAUACGCAAAAUAAGGGGACGAGGCCUACCAAUCACAACACACUAGGCCAGCUAACCAAUCACAGCACAUUUCGGAAAAAGGGGCUUCAUCGAAAUCAGCGUAUUCAAGCUAGACUGGAGAGAGAGGUGCUGUAAUAAUGUAAAAUAAUGUAAAUAAUGCGUUUUUUUUUUUUUUUUUUUUUUUUUUGAACAAUCAAGCAUGAAAACAUAUUCAAGUACACCCCCAAAACAAAAUCAAGACUUUGUAAAAGGGCAUAAUAGGACCCCUUUAAUCUAAGAGGAUAAUCUGCUAAAUCUAUUGGUGACAGUUUGGUCAAGCAUUGCCAACCAUUGUAACAUGAUUUAUAAUCACAUGAUUCAACUUUAAUGAACUUCAGACACUUGUUUUGCAUUAAAAGAUUUCUAAAGUUUUUUCAGGUGAACUGCGGUGUGCCCCGAUACGGGUUGUGUUGAGCCAUUUGUUAGUCUGGUUGUUUGAUGAGCUACUGUCAGCAAAGCUGGGUGUUUGUUGAUACAGAUUUCAUCUCUUAUUGCGAUUUAUUUUGUUGAUUAAAUUUAAGAAUAUGAUGCAAGUGACAACCGAUAUGUUUACAGUUUUUCAAAAAACAAUUGUUUUUUGCUCACAAAAUUUUCUUACAAAAACCUUAAUGGGAAUCAGGAAUCAUAAUGUCUAUUACAGUAUACAACAUAAAUAUGGGGUGCCAAUAGAGUGACAUACAACACGCUUUAAGUUAUUUUCAUCACACUGUGAAGUGAUCUAGAGAAAAGCAAACUGAAAGGUAUGAAUCUCGUUAUGCAACAAUACAGCAUACUGUCAAUUUCGGGUCACCCUCACUCAGCACUUUUUUUUUUUUUUCAGAAAUCAUUAGAUUAAUUUUGAUUAUUCUAUGGUUAAACCAUGGUUACUUGUAGUAAAACCAUGGUUAUUUUUAGUUAAUUUGGUUUUACGACAAAACCAUAGUUAAACCAUUGUUAAUUUUCAUACGUGUUGAACAAAAAGUCAAAGUAUCACCAAGUUAUGUUUACCACAGGCUUUAUUUUACUCCUGAAUUGAAAAACCCCAUAAGAAAAUCUCAAGGGAACAAGGAGGUGGGGCUUUGUCAUCAUACUUGCACCACUAUUUUGAUUUCAGACAUAACAUUAAAGAAAAAAAGUUCUACAAGUUUUGUUCUAACAUUCUGUUUACUUGUAAAUUAUUAUGCAACAGUCUGACACACAGAACUAGAGUUUUUAAGUUAAAUGCCUGUAUCUCUGAAUUGCAAACUAUUCCUUUGUCUCUAAUUUACACACAUUCACUCAUUUAAUCAGAUUUAAGUCAUCUCAUUUAAGUCUGAUUACAGCAAUCAACCCUCAUCAAUAUUCUUUCAGCUUCUUUCUGAACUGAAUUGAAAGUUUAACAGUGCUGGAAAUAUAGAGCUCUCUCUCUCUCAGGUAAAACAUUCUGGGAACAAUUAACCAAACAUUGUAUCAUUAUUUCAUACAUCCUAUUUGUAACCAUUUCAAUUUUAGUUAAUACUGUUAUAUUAAACUUUGUUGCCGCACCAGUGCUCUUCAUGUGAUCUAAUUUAAAGACUCGUAAGAAAAAGCAUUGCCCAAAGUUGUCUAAGUGAGCAAAGUUCAUGGUCAGAUCCAAGUAUAGUUUGAUAUAAUUCUAAUAAAGCAAAAGUUGGAUUUUUUUUUUU